UUCUGGUUAUACAUGGGCAAUUUGUUUUCUAAACCUCAAUCCACACCUCGAGGACCCCCAGUUGGCUGUCGCCCACUGGUUUUUCUCACUUGCAAUGCUGACCCAUCUGCCCGGGGCCACCCCGCUGCUCCAGCACCUGCCUUUCGCCCGGGUCGCAGGCUGUUCCACCGUGAUCGAGGGCCUUUACCAGCUAGCUUUUCCAUCGCGCCGAAAAGGCAGUAUCUGAUCCGUCAAACCAGGUACUCCCUUCUGGGUAUCCUUCCCUUGGUGAGCUGGAGGGACUUGCCAAAGAAACUUUUCCUGUCUGCUCUUAAUUCCAUGAUGUUCGGACUCUCGAGAACCAUCAAGACCCCUCCUCCCGGGCGCAAAUUUGGUUUCCUGCGUUCACUACCUGAGCAGGAAGUCAAGGCUGGGAAGCCAGUAGUACCAACCAGUCACCUCCCACAUCCUUGCCCAAAGGGGAGUGAGGUGAAGGUCCAAAAAGAUCCCAGAAAAGGUACGGCAGAGGAAGAGGAAGAUCCCAUAGACAUCGAAGGACUGGCGAAUCAGAACAGAGGCCCCUAUAGCAACGGGGAAACAUCGUUGAUAGCUGGACCCCUGGGGACCAACCAAGACCUCACCUCCUUCAAGCACAGUCCUGAGCCUCUGGACGUCCUUCCCACGCAGCCAGAAGGCAGCUUGAGUAAAAAAGCUCAGAUGUCUCCAAUGAUCUCCAUUUCAGAAAGCCAUGUCACCGGCUCACAAAGCCCUGCCAUAGAUGUGCUGCCUACUUGGAACCCUCAUCCCCAUGCGGGGAUGUUCUCCCCCCCAAUACCGUGCAGGUCCCUACUGCCGCCUGAGAGACUGAAGGAAGAAGUGCUGGAUAAAGACCACCAUCCAAGCUUGCCAGGCUUGCUGGUGUCUGGGAAGGAGGUACAGUGUGAAAAGCCUUCAGACUUCCCAUCAAGAAGCUCUUCUUCACUGGUAUGUGCCAAAAAUAGGCCUUGCAAGAGGAAAAUCCCCCUGCCUAGUUGCCUACCCCUGCCACUGCUGCUGCCACCUCCACUGCAGCUACCAUGGGAUAGAGGUGAACUGCCCCCUCCUCCAAAACUUCCUUGCCUAGCUCUUGCCAAAAACCUGGACACCCUGGAGAAGAAAACAGAGGGUCAGUGGAACAAGAUAAGGAAGGUCACAGAAGACUGCAGUAGCCCUCAGCCUGAGCCUUCUUUCUCCCCACCUGCCUUGGAGACUGCAGACUCCCUACUUCCUGCCACUCACACAUUGCAGGCCCCGGCUACUACCACAGAUUUAGCCCACCUAUCUCCCAGCCUGUCUGUCCCUCCACCUCCCUCAACAUCUAAUGCUGAUCAGGAAACAAGAAACACAACCCCUAAAUCCCCUCCUCUUGCUAUCCCUGCUGAUUCUUUUCCUUUCUCAACUUCCAAACCCAUUUUGGGAAUUCCCCUUAGGCAGAAUGGAGGCCCUUCUCAUUCAGUCAUAGCUACAACAUCUCUUAUUUCUGACCACCUCACACCGCCUAGCAUCCCAGCCUUAUCCUUCCAGCCACCAUCCUGCCAAAAUGAAUCCCCAACACCCAUGUGUGUGGAUCCUCCCCCUCCUUUUUACUUACCUACCCCUUUUCCAGUCCCUCCCAUCAAUCCUCCUAUUUUACCUGGGCAGCCCAUCACUCCUAUGGCAAUCCCUUCCACCAGUGAGGUCAUGGAAUCUGCAGGUUUAACCUGGCAGCAUACUUUAGAUCCUGGUGUCACUGAUAUGGACACUACUCCUCCUUCCAAAGCUGUCAUUUUUAAUUCUCCCCCAGGUUCCUGGGUGGAGCAAAGGCACCCUGCAGAGGUACCAGUCUCCAUCGGCCCAUCUGUGAUGAUGGUCCCCUGCCCUACUCCAGUUUUUAACAAUCCCUUUGGCCCCCAAAUCAACCCUCAGCCCACAUUUGGGACCAUGGAUGAGCAGCAGAGAGCCUCACUUCCUCUUGCUUCCAUUUUCACCAACCCCCCAUUCAUGGCUCCAGCUCCUGUCUUCACCAAACCCUCAUUUGUGCCUCCGGCUCCAGUCUUCACCCAAGGCUCAUUCGUGCCGCCGGCUCCAGUCUUCACCCAAGCCUCAUUCGUGCCACCGGCUCCAGUCUUCACCCAAGCCUCAGUAGUGCCGCCAUCUCCAGUCUUCACCCAAGCCUCAUUCAUGCCGCCGGCUCCAGUCUUCACCCAAGGCUCAUUCGUGCCGCCAGCUCCAGUCUUCACCCAAGCCUCAUUCGUGCCGCCGGCUCCAGUCUUCACCCAAGGCUCAUUCGUGCCGCCGGCUCCAGUCUUCACCCAAGCCUCAUUCGUGCCGCCGGCUCCAGUCUUCACCCAAGCCUCAUUCGUGCCGCCGGCUCCAGUCUUCACCCAAGGCUCAUUCGUGCCGCCGGCUCCAGUCUUCACCCAAGGCUCAUUCGUGCCUCCGGCUCCAGUCUUCACCCAAGGCUCAUUCGUGCCGCUGGCUCCAGUCUUCACCCAAGGCUCAUUCGUGCCGCCGGCUCCAGUCUUCACCAAACCCUCAUUCAAGGCUUCAGCUCCUGUUUCAACUGACACUCCAUUCAUGGCUCCGGCUUCUUCCUUCACCAAACCCCCAUUUAUGGCUUCGGGAGUCACCUGUGCUCCAGUAGGCAGCACCUCUGUAAACAUGCCGACCUUUGAUACAGAUGCUAUGGAUACCUCACCUCCUUCCGAGGCUGUCAUUUUCCAGUCUGCCCCUGUCUCCACGGAAAACCACUACCCAUUUUUCAUGGCUGUUCCCAGUUCUGAGAACACACCACCCAGUGGCAGCAAUGCCUUGGCCCAUGCCUCAGCUCGUUUGCCUGCAAAGUCAGCCAAAAGACGGAUCAACACUUCCAAGUUACUCUUGGACCCAGUAAUCACCUCUCAGAAUGCAUUUGGGGCCAAUGAUGGGCAGAAGCUCAACAACUCUCUUCUGCUGGGAAACCUGGUAGCCCCAGCACAAGAUAAAAGCCUGACCUUUCCUACAGCACAACCACCCAAUGGCAGCAUAAUGCAAUCAGGUUGGCCAGGUCCGCCAUCCACCACCACUGUCAACACACAGUCAGCCUUUGGUGAUAAUCCAGGUAUUCUCCCCAGGGAUGUAUCCACCGCUACUGGUUUUGGACUUGCCACCAGCAUGCCCAGCACUAGGGACAGUAGCUUGUUGUUUGUCCAUACCACACCUGGUCCGCUUGUGUUUAGGGGACCUGUAGCCCCAAUGGAUGAUGCGGUCAGUGUGCCCACCAUAGGCCUUACUCAUUCAGAGGCAUCCAUACCAUUCAACUUUAAUGCAGGACUAAGUGGGGCGACCAGCACCACUUCUUUACCUUCUUCGGGCCCAAUAACCUGGGAUCCAUCUGGCUGCAGCAUGGCUGCUGCAGUAGGAGGGGCAAACACCAUCCCGGCAUUUGGGCACAUAUCUGGUUCCACCUUAGAUUCAAACACUGGCACCUCAGGUGAUGCCAUGAUAGCAAGGGACAAAACCAUUCCCAAGAUUGGACGCCCUAGUGGCCUAUCUGGACGUAGAAAACGUUCACUUAAAUGAUCCAUCAGCAUGGAGAAAUGUGUGGCAAGGGACAUGGCAAUUUCCACCUUCCAUCAGAGCCACACCACAUCCACUGGAGUUUUAAGUGAAGGCACCACCCCUGGGUUCAGACACACUUCUAGUUCUACAUUCUUUCCAAACACAAGGGGCCCACCUGUCCAGAAUCCAGAUGGUGGUAGUAUAGAAAGGAACAACAAUAUUCCCAUGAUUGGAGGACCUGGUAUUCCUGCUUCUCAUCAAUAUAACUGGGGCCUACCUGACCAAUACAUAGCUAGUGCAGAUGGAGAGAACAUCUCACCUGUGAUGGGAGGCCCCAGGAUCCAUACUUGCCAUCAUACUUGGAACCCAUCUGUGCAGCACACAGGGGGUGCAAUGGGGGACAACACCACACUUGCUGUGACUGGAUGCAAUUAUGGUGCCCAUACUUACAAAGCACCUGGGGCACCCCUGGCCAAAACCCAGGUAGUGUGAUGGCAGAUAGCACCAGACAUUAAAUUUAUAGAGGAACCUCUGCUCUCAGAACACCUGGGCCCACCAAGUCAGGGCACCCUUCUGACUCUGGAGGAGCCAGCAUUGUGUUUGGAGGCACAGAGGUCAAAGCAACUGUGUCUGUGCUCUGGGUACGGCACCUUCAUCACCUUCCAGGGCUUCACAGGAGCCAUCAACUAAUUCCAUCUGUGAUGAAACUCAACAAAUAAGGAGCAGAUCUUAUACUGCAAACUGUAUAUAAUCGUGAAUGGACCUUUCUCCAAUGGACUUGAGCGGUUCCAGUUCAGAGAAUGGAAAAGAGCUGUACCUAUCAUCCACCUCGCCAUCCCUAGCUUAACUGUUAACUUGGUCAUCCCAAGUCCUCAGCCAUUUCUCCCUAGUCUUGGAACUGGCAGUAUGCCCACUGCUGCUUUUAGGUGUUUUCUCUCUCCUACCGAUUUGCCUCACUGGGCCCUUUCCCAGCUGUAUGUACAUAUGUGUAUGUGUGUACAUAUAUAUGUAAAUAAAACCUUAUUCUUGUUAAUCAACUUGUGCUUAUAUGUCUUUACUCACUGACUCAACUAUAAAGGAAGAACUGACACAUGUAAAUGGUGAUGUGUUGAGCCAGACUUAACUCUGCAAAAUUUUCUGUGUCCCAGUGACUGGGAUGUGGAAUUAGCCACACAUUCAGAUUAAAUUCACUGACUCCUAAAAUCUGUGUCUUGGGUAUAAGGAAUGACAAUGCAGAAGGAAAUGAGGUCCAGAGGAGGGAGAGAUGUGGUUACUCACCCUUGCCUCUCAGUAUGUCUGUCUCUCUUCCCACGCUACUCUGACAACACUGGAAGCUACAUGUGUGAUAAAGAACUACACUUUGAUUUUCUUUUUUUAAAAAAUUUUACAUGUCCUGUCUGCGCACCUUCUUAUUCAAUUUAGACUCAGGCUAAUUAUUCUCACACAAUCCCACUUCAUCCAGAGAGGAUGGUUUGGCAUCCAGGCUCAUGUGUUUGGAGAAACAAAGGAAGAGAUAGUUAAUGCCUGCUCGGUAAUUACUGAAAAUCUAAGUUUACUUUGAAUUUAUCAUCCUUUUUAAAAUAUCAGAAAAGAUCCUCUUUAAUAACCAGCUUGGCUCUGAGCUAACCUGCUAAAAUAUCCAAUCACAAGAGUUGUAAUCGCACCCAGUUCUGGUUGACCCUAGAGUUCUGCUGAGCCUCCUCUAGGCUUAAUAAAGGCAAAUUAUUAAAUCUGUGCAGCCUGUCUUCUAGCUGGAGGGGAAAACAGGAACCUAUAUAAAUUAUGUGGUACAUUAGCCAGUAAUGCAUGCUAUGGAAAUUACCUAAUAUAUGGUGAGUUGAGAUUGUGGUCAGAGAGAAGCAAGACUUUCAAGUUAAAGAACAGACAGGAUAGCCUCCCUGGGAAAGUGGGAUUUGAACAGUCUAGAUGGAGGCAAAUGAGUCAGAGACCUGAGUCAAAAGCACUGCAGAUGAUGGGAAUGACCUACAAGUCCCAGAGGAAGAAGGCCAGUGUCCUCAGGGAAUAGUCAGUAACUGACAUGGCUGGAAUAAGGUCAGCAAGUGGGAGGGAAGGAGGAAAAGGAGAACAGAGAAGAUGUGUGAUGAAUUUCCUGCAUCAUUAUUAAUUGGUUGUGUCAUCACCAAAAGAAUGAUUCAACUUUAAGUGCAUUUUCUAUGGCCUAUUUACCUCAUAAGAUUUUUGGAAGGAUAAAAUAAUGUAGAGAAGUGACUUAUAAGCCAUUAUUAUUGUUCUAUGCAUAAGGAUAGAUGGAUAGACAGGUAGAUGACAGAAAGAUAGAUAAUGUGAGUUGUACAUUAAAUUUGUGUGUCCCCCCAAAAAAAUAUUCACAUGUUGAAACCUU